ACGCUGGUUAGCACAAGCAACCGACGUGUUUUGCAUUAUUGUCACUUUUAGUGUGACGCUAAAAAAAUUCCUCAUUAUGUCUGAGGAUGAGUGUAAAGGCCCCAAAAUCGGCAUGAGACAUGUACAGAGUUUUUUGCUGUUCUUUGGUUUCAUGUCCAUAUACAUCAGCCGCAUGAACAUUGGAGUUGCCUUAGUGGCCAUGACAAAUGCCAAUACAACGAAUCCGGAUUUUGUGGAAUUUAAUUGGACUCAAAAAGAAAUCUCCUAUAUACUCUCCAGUUUUUAUUGGGGCUGCUUCAUAACACAAUUCCCCGGUGGAAAUAUAUGCAAAUAUUUUGGUGUCAAAAAAUCAUUGGGAUGGGCCACUUUCAUUUCGGCCAUCUUAUGUGCCAUAACACCGCGCUGUGUCAUGUGGAAGGGAUGGCCAGCAUUUUGUGUCAUAAGGAGUCUUCAAGGCCUAUCACAAGGUCUGAUUUAUCCCAGUGUUGUGCAACACCUGGCCAAUUGGUCACCAUUGCAAGAACGUAAUCGUUUGGGUGCCUUUAGUUUUACCGGCGUGGAAUGUGGUGUUGUAUUGGCCCUAUCACUCAGCGGCAUUAUCGCCAAAGGUCCCAUGGGUUGGCCUGGCAUUUCGUAUGUGUCAGCGGGCUUGUGUUUUACCUGGUGUCUGCUGUGGUUGAUCUUGGGGGCGAAUAGUGUGCGCGAGUCCCGGUUUAUAAGCCAAGCUGAGAGGUUGUACAUUGAAUCAUCCAUGGCCAAUGUAAGCAAUACGCAGAAAAGUAAAAUACCCACUCCCUGGAGGGCCAUACUGACAUCGGUACCAUUUCUGUCGUUGGUGGUGGCGCGUUGCUCUCAACACUAUGGUGUUUCCACUUUGCAGACUCAAACACCCGCCUAUCUACAUGGAGUGCUCAAGAUGCAAAUCAAAUCGAAUGCCUUGUAUUCGGCCCUGCCCUUUCUGGCCUGUUGGUGUACAUCCUACCUGUACAUAUUUAUGGGAGAUGUUUUGCGAUCGAAGGGUAUAUUAAAAUUAACAGCUUUACGCAGAACCUUUAGCAUUAUGGCAUCAUGGAUCCCGGCAAUGGCUUUGGUGGCCCUGGGUUUUAUGAAUGAGCAGCGUAGAACCUGGGCCUUGGUCAUUAUGACAUUGGGUGUGGCAGCCAAUAGUGGCAAGAUAAUGGGCAUAUGUUUAAACAACAUAGAUUUAUCACCCAAUCAUGCUGGUGUUUUAAUGUCCCUAACAACUACACCAGCAAGUCUUAUGCCUUUGAUAUCUCCGCUGGUUGUGGGUGUUGUGGUCAGCGAUAGAACAUCCCCUCAUCAAUGGCAAAUUGCCUUUGGCAUAGCUGCUGCUAUUUUCUUCUUAGGAAAUUUGGUCUACAUUAGCCUUGGAACUACAGAAACUCAACCCUGGAAUGAUGAAUAUUACCUAACAAAAGAUUGCCCAGAAUCAAAAACAAGAGAAAAUUUGUUGGAAUCAACUCCAAAAGCUGCAAUUGUCAGAGCAUGAAAAUUGUCGUUAACUUACAAAGAAAAGUUUGCAGAAAUUUUGAAUUAAAGUCACCAUGCGACUAUAAAAAUUCACAUGUUUCAAAUAAAACCAGUAAGGAAAGGCAAAAUUCGGGCGGAGCCGACUAUAUAAUACCCUAAACCAACGAGUCUACGUAAUACUAUUAAUAUAGCACUUAUAUCCAAAUUUGGUCAGACUUUAAUUUUGCAUACCUAUUGAAAUAUCGAGUGGAACCUUAAACGAUUAUCUUACAAUGGUACGAAAAUUGUGGCUCCUACAGCCUUAGAAGUCGAAACGCACAACAGAUAUAUUGGGUUGCCCAAAAAGUAAUUGCGGAUUUUUUAAAAGAAAGUAAAUGCAUUUUUAAUAAAACUUGGAAUGAACUUUAAUCAAA